AUGAUCGCCCUAAGUGUGUUUGGCGUGUUGGCAGUGGUGGGAGUAACUAUUGGUCUCCUGGUUCAUUUUCUGGCAGUAGAAAGCAGGACCAAUUAUUAUGGGGGUAGCUUUAAAGUGCUGGAUAUUCCAUAUAGUAAAAAUUUUGAAAGGGAGACAUCACCAGAAAAUCAUUAUCUUAGCAAAAUUCUCGAGACUAAGAUGUCUGAUGCAUUUGAAAGCUCUAGCAUGUACAGACAAUAUAUCAAUUCUCAAGUCAUCACAUUGGUUUCUAAUAGUAACAGUGUGACAGCACAUAUAUGGCUAAUGUUCAAGGCUCCCAGGUCACAGAAGAAAAACACAAAACGAAAAAUUGAAAGCAUAUUACGUUACAUGCUGAGCAGCCAGUCUGGAUCCUUGAAGAUGGAUCCCAAUUCUCUUACACUAACGGAAAUCAGUAAGGCCGAUGCUGAAAAUAUCAUCAACAACCGCUGUGGAAGACGAGCAAGGACGUCAGCUACAUAUGACAGAGUCAAGGGAGGUUCCACUGCUCAGGAAGGAGAAUGGCCAUGGCAAGCAAGUCUCAAAAAGAAUGGCCAACAUUACUGCGGGGCCUCUUUGAUCAGUGACAGAUACCUGGUGACUGCAGCUCACUGCUUUAAAAAGACACAAAAUCCAAGAAACUACACUGUCAGCUUUGGCACUAGAGUAACUCCCCCCUACAUGAAACAUUACGUCCAACAAAUUAUUAUUCAUGAAGACUACGUCGCAGGUGAACAUCAUGAUGACAUUGCAGUUAUACUGCUCACAGAAAAAGUUUUGUUUAAGAAUGAUGUACAUAGAGUUUGCCUUCCUGAAGCUACAGAUAUUUUUCCAGCAGGUGAAGGAGUGGUUGUAACAGGAUGGGGAGCACUUUCCUAUGAUGGUGAAUACCCACUGUUACUUCAGAAAGCACCUGUGAAGAUUAUUGAUUCAAAUACUUGUAAUGCUAAAGAAGCAUAUAAUGGUCUGGUGCAGGACAUAAUGUUAUGUGCUGGCUAUAUGGAAGGAAACAUUGAUGCCUGCCAGGGUGACUCUGGAGGACCACUGGUUUACCCCAAUUCUCGAGAUAUUUGGUACCUUGUUGGAAUAGUGAGCUGGGGUGCAGAAUGUGGUAGAAUCAACAAACCAGGCAUCUAUGUUCGAGUGACCUCCUAUCGCAACUGGAUUGCUUCCAAGACUGGUAUCUAA